CAAUGGAGAGUGACACACAGAGACUCAAUCUAAAGAGGGAUGUUGGGAUUAUUGGAGCUGUGUCUUUCAUUGCUGGGACCAUGAUGGGAUCUGGGAUCUUCAUAUCUCCCCAAUAUGUGCUAUCCACUAUUGGCAGCCCUGGGGCCAGUCUGAUCAUAUGGGCCUGCUGUGGGUUGCUAGCCAUGCUGGGUGGGCUCUGCUAUGCUGAGCUGGGAACAGUCAUUCCAGAGUCUGGAGGAGAGUUUAUCUACAUUCUGCGGACAGUCGGGAAAAUGGUGGCCUUCAAUUUUGUCUUCAGCUUCAUCAUUGUCAUGAGGCCUGCCAGUGCCACAGGAAUCGCUCUGAGCUUUGCUGAAUAUGUUGUGGCCCCCUUUUACAAUGGCUGUACCCCUCCACAGCUGGUGUUGAAGUGCGUAGCUGCAGGAGUAAUCAUUGUGCUGGCCAUAAUAAACUGUCUGAGUGCCCGCUUGGCCACAUUCAUCCAGGUGGUCUCCAUGGUAGUCAAAAUGAUGGCACUGGCAGUGAUCAUCUUGGGAGGUGUUGUGAUGCUUUUCCAGGGCAACACUGGGAACUUUGAUAACGCCUUUGAGGGAACAAAUGUUGGUGUCAGCUCCAUUGGCAUUGCUUUCUAUCAGGGCUUGUGGUCCUAUGAUGGCUGGAACACUUUGAAUUAUUUAACUGAGGAGCUGAAACAGCCAGAAGUGAAUCUUCCCAGAGCUGUCAUGAUAGCCAUUUCUCUGGUGACUGGCUUAUAUCUGCUGGUGAAUGUGAGCUACAUGACAGUAAUGACGCCUAAAGAGCUCAUGUCCUCCAAUGCAGUGGCAGUUACGUGGGGGAAUAAGGUGUUAGGAAGCUGGGGGUGGAUCAUGUCAGUAGCUGCAGCUUUGUCUGCUUUUGGUUCACUGAACGGGACGUUCUUCAGCGGCGGCCGUGUGUGCUUUGUUGCUGCCAGAGAGGGACACAUGCCAGAUAUUCUGGCCAUGGCUCACGUUCGCAGACUGACUCCGUCUCCAGCAUUGAUCUUCACCACAGCCGUCUCCCUGCUGGUGCUCAUCCCUGGAGACUUCCAGAGUAUUGUCAACUUCUUCAGUUUCACUGCCUGGAUCUUCUAUGCCAUCACCCUGUCUGGACUUAUAUAUCUCAAGAUUAAGAAGCCAGAGCUGCCAAGGCCAUACAGGGUUCCCAUUAUUCUCCCCAUAUUGGUCCUCAUUGCAGCAAUAUUCCUUGUGCUGGCACCCAUCGUAGACGAUCCUCAGAUUGAAUACCUCUAUGUGACUUUAUUUAUUUUGAGUGGAGUCAUAGUCUACAUACCCUUCAUUCAUUACAAAGUCUGCCCAGGCCUUUUGGACAAGUUGACAGUGUUCCUGCAGCUGUUCUUAGAGGUCGCCCCGGCCGAGAAAAACCUGUGAUCCAGACGAAAAACAUGUUUGUUCAUUUUUUGCAGUUUUUGUUUGCUAUGACACUCAUGAACCAUUGCUGUUUACAUUCAGUGGCCACUAAAUAUUUCCUCCCGUUUCUCUGUACUACCGUGCGCACACA